AUGCAAGGUCGUACUCAUAAUGACCCAAACCCCGUUCCUCAUCAUGAAAAGGAUAAGCAUGAAUUGGUCCAUGACUCCAAGAUGAAGCUUGGCAAGUUGGCAGCUGCAAGAGGUGCCGGUGAAGUUCCAAAGGAUGUCAUUGACAAUGUAGCCUCCAAGAUGAAGAAUGGUGCCGAUAUUAUUGACAAACUGCUAUCAGGCAACAAAGAUGAACUUGUCAAACUAUUAAAUGGAGACGGUGUUGACCCAAUUGCAAUCCUAAAGAAUUGUAUUCUUGCUGGUAUAUCAUUUAUUCCCUAUGUUGGAGGUAUUUUAAGUAGUUUGGUAGAUAUUAUUUGGACUGCUGCAUCUGGAUCAUCGGCUGCUGAAAAGAUGAGUAAGGCAUUUACCGAUUUUAUCAUGGCUGCCAUCAAGGAGGAACUACAAAAGUAUGAUGAUGAGACACUGCGUCAAUUCUUUAUUGGUCUAUCCAAUGUCAGUUCAAAGUAUCAAGACAACUUCCAAUUGUGGAUGGACAAUCCCAACCCAAGUACCAUUCAAACCAUUCGUACCUCUUGGGAGAUUCUUGACAGUCAAUACUUGACACUCAUCUCACAAGCUCAAAAGAAGGGAUAUGAAAUCACUGAAUUGGUCUUUUUUGCCUUGAUGGCAAACGGUCAUAUUGCUCUUUUAGGUGACUUCCUCACCUAUGCCAAGGCUUGGGAGUAUACCGACGAACAAAUCAAAUCGAUCGAGAAGAGAUUCGACGACACUGUCACCAAGUACACCAAGUACUGUAUCGACACUUACAACAUGGGUCUUAAAAAGGUUACAGAUGCACCAGUCGGUGGAAGUGAGACUUACAAAGAAGUCAACAAGUAUAAUGCAAUCAGUUCAUAUCGUAAUAAUAUGAUUAUCAAUGUAUUUGAUUUUGUUAAUUAUUGGUGGACAAUGGAUCCAAGAAAUUUACCAAAGGGAGGAUCAUUUGAUAAAGUUAGAUAUCUUGUUGGAAGAAUUUGUGGUGUUGUUACUACACCCAAUGCCAAGUCUGGAUGGAGUGGUUGGGAAGCUUAUUAUCAUCCAACACAAGAGGAGAUUGAGGCACGUAUUGGUAACAAUGGAUUGUAUCGUUAUCAAGGUGCAUUAAAGAACCUAAGUAUUCGUUGUUGGUCUCGUAUUGAUGCCAUCAUUCCAAGAGUAGUUGAUCCAAUCACUGGCAAUGUAUCAGAGGUACACUUUGGUGGAAGUGGUGGUGCUGCCAAAGGUACAAAGGAGUUCAGUAAAGCUAAUCCAUUACUCAAAGUAAACAUUGGUUCUGAAUUAGUACCUUGGAAUUUAAAUAUUGGAGGAGAUUAUUUUGGAGGUGGGGAUCCACGUGUAUCAAAUUAUGAUUUAUCAUUUGAUGAUCACAAGAUUGAAUAUUUGAUGGGAUUUGGAACUAGUCCAACUCCGGGAUUCAGUGGUCAAGUCAAUGCCAUUGCUCCAUUGUUCCAACCAUAUGGAGUUGGAUUUAGUGGACAGGUACCAAUUACAGAUGGUCCAGCAUCAGUUAUUGAUCUGCAAUAUGCAACCUUCCCAAGUGGAGCAUCAACUCUUCGUGAUAGUCCUUAUCCAGGUCUCAUUGCCACUCAGAUUCCAGAGGGUAAAUCGGCAACUCUACCAGUCCAAUACGUUGGUAAAGAGACACCACAGUUUGCACUCAAACUCAAAGCAGGUGGCAAGGGAACGGUUGAAGUGACACUCGACGGUACCAAGGCUGUGUUUACAGUAAACACUGAUGGCUACUCUAUCAUCCCGGACACCAACAAAUCCAUCUUUAGAAUUCCAGACAAGGCAAACCUCACCAUCACCGUCACUCAAGGUACCGUCCGUUUCCAUUGUCUCGCACUCAUUCCACAAUCAGUCAAUGCCCGUCUCAUGUUACGAACCACAACACAAAAUCCAAAUGACUAUCAUCUAUUGUGGGAUGGUUCCAAACCAACUCAUCAAUAUAAAACUCAACUCAUCACAAAUUAA